GUCAACAGUGAAAGUGAAAGUUUUUAGUUUCAGAUGCAGCAUUCCAAGCUGAGGGUGUGUCUGGACACUUGAGCUCUCAAUCUAAUCUAAGAGAAGAAGACAUGGCGGACUCGGAGGAAGAGCGACUGGUGUCCAUCAGCGGUCAGCUGAACACGCUGGUGUCCGAGGGCCGGACAGACGACACCGUCCCCAUCCUGUGUGACCUGCGAGAUCAGGACAUCUCCUUGAGGUUGCUGAAGAAGACACAGAUUGGCCGGGCGGUGAACAACGUACGCCGCAACAGUAACAACGCGGAAGUCAUCGCCCUCGCCAAGAAGAUAGUCAACAAAUGGAGGAGGUCUGCCGAGUCACAGUAUAAUUCUGUAGUCUCCGCUACAGGGGAACUGCCUAAUUCACAGAUGUCUCAAAUGACAGAAGAAACUCAGAUGUCUCAAUCACAACAGACCACAGGAUGCCCAAUACCCAUGGAACAUCAUCAAAUCAAAACGGAAAGAAGAGAGGAGAAAGAAACCGGGCUUACUCAAGAUUUUGAAUCCCUACUUCCACCAUCAAAUAGAAGUGCACUGCUGUUACAUCCUAAGGACAAAGGAACUGGUCUGGUCUCUACUCAAAACAAAGAUGCUGAACAAGAACAUGACAGGGAAACAUCACAAGAAAGGCAAGACAAUCUUCUUUUGCAGCAGACGCAACAGUCCAACAACAGCGAAUGUCCAAAACCUGAAAGUUACACAAGAAACAAGACAAGUUUGACAACUGGUCUUGUUGAGGGAAUCCGUGCAACAAGUCCCAGAGAUGGAGUUAUGUCAGGUGAACCUGGUUCUGAUCAUAACGUUUCACAGCUAACUCACCUGUCAGAGGGACACCAGAGCCAACAGGCAACAGUACAUGCGGAGAAAAAUAGUGCCAGAGCAGAAGAAGGUCACCCAAGGGCAAACACAUCCACCAAUAACUGUGUCACAACACAAAACACCAGUGAGAGAUCAACCAAUACUGUCACAACACAGAACACCUGUGAGAGACCAAUGACUGAGAUACAGUCUCUCAGGAGAGAUGUGUCACAGAUUCAGAGGCAGGUUGCUCGGAUCGAGUCUGUGCUGACGAUGCUGUUCACUCCGCUAAAGCAGAACCUGGACCGUGUCAGCAGCAAACUCAGCGCUUUGGAGCAAAGACAGACAGCUAGAAACUCCCAGAAUGCUGUAGCAUCUUCCCAUGAUGCACUUGAAGCUGAGGCCCUAGCAUAUCCAGACUGGCAGGGUACCACAAGUUUAAGUACUGGGCCCAGUUUUAGAUCAAACAGUGCAUCCGGUAGCAACACAAUGACACAUCGUCCCCAAAGUAGUUCCAAACAGUCCUUGUUGCCUCUCAAGGUCAAAUCAGAACCAGUGGAUCAUGGGUAUGACCUUGCAACUGCCAAUGAUGAACUGCCAAUUACUCAGGAGACAGGGGGUUCUCCGAGUCAGUUACUCUUGCCACAGAUGACUGAAGACGGAUGUGGCAUAAGAUUUGAAUCACUCAGUAGUGACACUGAGAAGAACAAGACUGCAGCUUGCCCCAAUCCUGGGCCUUCGACAGAACCAGACAUCAGUCCAAGAAAGAAGCUAAAACUGGAUCAUCCGAAGUACUGCAGUCUUCCCUCCUGGAUGGCUGGAGGGUCUGUGGGGAAAUCUUCAGGUUUUCAAGACAGGUGCAGUUACUGUACUAGUGAUGUGGAAGGGUUGAAGGUUGUACGAGGGGAGACCGAUUCUGAAGAUGAUUCUGAUCAGGAGGAGGGGGAGCCAGUACUACAACAGUCUCCUCCAGCAGUCCUAGAAACACCAGACAACCCAAGUGCCUCUAACGCUGAAGCAAAUUUUGGUGAAAAGGAAACUUUUGAUGCACAGGAAGAAAGUCAACCACCUCAAAGAGUUGCUCUUGAGAGUGACUUUCGGCCGGAAAGAGUGAAAUGGUUGAGGCAACGCAUCAAAUUCUCAACUGUCGACCACCUGAUCAGUUGUAGUGAGUUGAAAAGUUUGCUCCGUCAGCAUUUUGGAUACACGAGCGACCAGGAGCUCGGUCACGCUGUGAAAGACGCCUUCCCGGAUGUGACUCGGAAAAGAAGACGAGUUAAAGGAAGACUGAUGUUCUUCUAUGCUGGACUGCAAUGGGUGGGGUCUGAAACCCUGUCUGAUAAUUAGGCCACACCAAUUUAAUUUCUU